ACGUUCAAUUUACAUUCUUUUCUUGGCGAACUGCAAAGUUGCGAGAACGUCUUUAGGACGAUUCGCCUUUUAAUCCGAGUUCAUCUGCUUGGAUUUGUUUUAUUUUGUGAAGUUUUCACUAUAAUUACUUAACACAAUGCCGCCCAAGUUCGAUCCUAACGAAAUUAAAAUCGUUAACUUGAGAUGCGUCGGUGGAGAAGUCAGUGCAACAUCAUCUCUGGCUCCUAAAAUUGGUCCUUUGGGUCUCUCCCCCAAAAAGGUUGGUGAUGACAUUGCCAAGGCAACCAGUGACUGGAAGGGAUUGAAGAUCACAGUGCAGCUGAUUGUCCAGAACAGACAAGCACAGAUCUCAGUGGUGCCAUCUGCUGCUGCCCUUAUCAUCAGAGCGCUAAAAGAGCCCCCACGGGACCGCAAGAAGCAAAAGAACAUCAAACACAAUGGCAACAUCACACUUGAAGAUGUCAUUGGUAUUGCCAAAAUCAUGAGGCCCCGUUCGAUGGCCCGAGACCUGUCUGGCACAGUCAAGGAGAUCCUCGGCACAUCGCAGUCUGUGGGAUGCACGAUCGAUGGCAGAGCUCCACAUGACGUCAUUGAUGAUAUCAACAGUGGUGCUCUUACUAUUGACGAAUAAAUAUUGGUGAUAAGAUUA